AUGGGAGACGAGGAUAGCAUGAAUUCAUGCUCAGAAAGACAGGCCUAUCAGGAUGUGCCAAUUUCAAAUGGAGUCAGUCUUUCAGGUGUACUGCCUGUGCGCCGGUCUCCUGGUGGUCAUGCGGGGGAUAUGAUAGGAUCGUCGAGGCACCCAUCUGCUAGGUCGGUUCAGCAAGCACAGAUCCCGCAGUCCAAAAACUUCGAGAUUGUCCUCGUUACAGAUAACGAGUCACGGCGUCAGGUCCGCCGCCAUGCAAUGCGGCAAUAUAUGCGUCAGCGGCGCUUGGACAGCAUUGCUCGUCUGGAGACGCCUCGCUUGCCAAUUGGUGGUUGGGUCAACCGCCAGGUACUAUCGGAAGCUUCAUCAUCCAGCAUUCCACCCUCUCCAGUUGAAAUCCCUGUCAAAGACACUUCUCCAGAGGAGGAGAAGUCAUCUCUAGUAAAAGAUGGGGAGCCAUGCACCCCAGUAAGUUGGACAGGGCCACUGAUGCCCUUGGCGUCGAAAUCAUCCAAAGUCAAAACUGAAGAACCGUCCUCUCCUUCCUUCCCCAACGUUAGCUAUACACUAUCAGAUCCUCGUUCCAGCCCUGGUCACGGGGCCGUGGAGGAUCCAUUUAGCUGUUAUCCAAUCCCUGUUAGUCACUCUGACCAUGAGUUAAUUCAACACUGUAAGUUCUUCCUUGGAAGCCCGUAUUCCCAUACAGAUCACGCCGAUCUUGAUACCAGUGCAAGAGGGGCGUCUGCCAGAACAAUCUUGAUCUCGUUGUCUGGUGGCUUACACUGCAAAGUUAUUGUGACAUAUCCAUCCAUGAUGUAUAAAUUUGCCGAUUCCGUCGCGAACAACCCAAUGAUGGAGAUUUUUCGACAGCUUGCGCUGCACGACAAUCUUUCAUUCCAAGCGAUGCUUGCUAUUGCCUCAAAGCACCGAGCUGGAGUGGAAGGCAAGGCGGACUCUGUUCAAAGCCUCACUCAUAAGAUGCGGGCACUUCGAUUAAUAAACGAGCGAAUACACACCGACUCCCAAGGCCUGCAAGAUGGUACAAUAUACGCCGUAGCCACAAUGGCAGUUAUUGAGGUGAUAACUUUCCCUAUGCAUUGA